CUCUUACGCUAUUUGGGUUUCUUUCACAAAUACAAUGUACUCAUAGUGACGCUCAAACACGCUCUGCCGCAUGUCCUACGGUUCCUCCUCUGCGCUCUUAUACUCUACAGUGGCUUUUGUUUCUGCGGUUGGGUUGUAUUGGGUCCCUAUCACUACAAGUUCCGCACCAUUUCCCGCACAUCCGAGUGCUUGUUCGCGCUCAUGAAUGGUGACGAUCUGUUCGCCACAUUUGCCAUAACCAACACUAAAUCGUCGAUCAUAUGGUGGUUCAGUCGACUAUAUCUCUACGGAUUCAUAGUGCUGUUCAUAUACGUGGUGUUGAGUCUAUUCAUCGCCAUUAUAAUGGACUCGUAUGAGACAAUCAAAGACUAUUACCAAAAUGGCUUCCCAUUGACUGAUGUGCAGAAGUUU